UAGCAGAGCUGACAUUCUCCUGUAGGGAGGGGAACUUGGGAUCUCUUGCUCUUGUGCAACUCAGUUACUGUGUUCCAAGGAGGAUGUCUGUGUAAACAGCUGCUCCAAUUUACUGGAUGGGAAAUGAUUAGAAUUGUCAUAAAGAUUACCAAGUGCCUGCAGUGCUGCUCAGUAGGGAUGUAAAAUUCUGUUUAAUUGGUUAACCAAUUGUGGGCCAGUGCACCCCACAGGCAUGGGUUGCUUUUGUUAAAGGUGAGGCCUGAAUUAAUGUUUACAAGCCACAUUAUUUCUUAAUAAUGAAAUAUUAAGCCACAUCCCUUCCCAUUUGAACUGAAGUUGACAGGGAAGUAGCAUUUAUGACUUGUAUAUCGGAAAGUAGUGUUUCUCUGAUCAUCAGUCAGCUUUUCCUUACACAGCUUUUCAUUUAUGAAGCUGACUUUAGGCAUUUGACAGAUUAGUAACGGUAUACCAUGUCUUCUCUCAAAGCUUGAAGAGGACCAGAAGCUGAUUUAUUCUGGGAAGCUGCUACUUGACCAUCUUUAUUUGAGAGAUGUUCUGCCCCAGCAGGAGAAGUUUCAUGCUCUGCAUCUCGUGUACCGCUUGAAUCUGUCAACAAUGCAAGAAGCCAGUGCAAAGAUUGAUGAAACCAAGAAACCGCCAAAGACUGUUUCAAAACCUGGUCAAGAUCCUUCUGUUGUUUCUUCAAGUGAUGGCUUGAGACAAAGGGAAACUUCUGGCAACCAGCCUGCUACAAGGGAAACCAAUAUUGGGGUUGAAGCUGCUCAGCAACCUCUCCAUGGCGUGGCUCCUGGGUUUUCUGCCUAUGCCACUUACAACAUAUUACAGAUGUCCUGGUUUCAGCAGAUUUAUGCAAGACAGUAUUAUAUACAAUAUUUGGCUGCUGUUUCUGCUGAUAGAUCACCUGCACAGAGGUCACAAGAGAUACCAUUGGCACCAGUUGCCACUCCGGCCCCUCUUCCAGAUGCAUUUCCUGCACAAAACCUGCCUGGAAAUAAUCCUGCUCCUCCACUUAAUGCAGGGGGCAAUCAGAAUUUGCAAAUGAAUGCCCAGGGGGGUCCUCUCAUGGAAGAGGAAGAGGAAAUGAAUCGAGAUUGGUUGGACUGGCUUUAUUCAGCAACGCUGUUCUUUGUUUUCAUCAACAUUAUCUAUUUCUACUCCAGCCUGAGCAGGUUCCUCAUGGUAAUGGGUGGCACAGUGUUGAUGUACCUACACCAUGCUGGAUGGUUUCCAUUUAGGCGACAGCCAGUUCACCCUCUUCCAAACAAUGUUCUUCCCCAAGCCGCGAUAAAUCAGGACCAAAACAAUAACUUACAGGAGGAAAAUGCAGGUGAAGAAGGUGAACCUGAGGCUAUUCCUGAUGAAGGAAGAGCUUUACCAGAAAAUCUGCAGGAUGGACCUUCCUUUAUGAACACAGCAUGGCUUUUUUUCAAGACUUUCUUUGCAUCCCUCCUGCCAGAAGGGCCUCCAGCUGUGGCCAACUAACUGCUCUUGCUAUUGACUUCCUAGCCCAUCUGUAAUUCUAGCAGACUACUCUUAUGUCUACGUGACUAGUCUGGACACCAAUGACAAGUGUCAGUGGGAUUUUCUCAUCUUAUAGCAACUAAGCAACCUGAAAACUGCAAGAAGCCUUAAACCAUUACAGCCUAUAGACUAAAAUGUACUGUGCUUUUCCAUGUCCUCAUUACAAAACUUCAAUGUGUUGUAUAACAGGCAUUAAAAUAGAGGACCUAGCAUUGUACAGCUGUGCACUAAAUGCACAGACCGUAAGCAGGUGUGUGUGGAGAUGUAAGAGAAGCAAGUGGCUUCUCCUGAUGCUAUGAUUCCUGUUGGAAUGUUUCAAAUGCUAUUUAAAUUACACUGAGUGUAGUAUCUCGUAUAUAAAUCAAGGAACUGCUGUUAAGUAUUAGCAGAAAAGAUUUAUGCUUCAAUUAAAGGAGUGAAGUGCUAAAUCUUAAAAGAAAAAGACAAAUCAUGUUUUGUGUGUAAAUAACUUCCUGUGGAGGACAUACCUAUGAUGACUACCUCCAUUGUUAGAAAAUGAAAGGUAUCCAGAGCCUGUGAUAAACAAGUAUACCAAAUGGGUCAGCUGAGUUACAGGAUGAAUUUCCAGUUGUCAUGUUCAGGUGCUUCUAAAGUAGUUUAAAGGUUUCUUUUCUUGCUUGUAAAUCCUGUCUUCAUUCAUUUAGAACUUACUUAUUCUGUGCAUCUUGUAACUUUCGAGAAUGUUCAAUUUAAGUAGCUUAGCAGUUCUGUUUUCAGUUGAUAUAAUUGUAGUAGACCAAUGGCAAAUCUCCCUUUUGCUAUCCAUUUACAAU